GAACGGCUGCGCAGGAACGGCUGCGCAGGAACGGCUGCGCAGGAACGGCUGCGCAGGAACGGCUGCGCAGGAACGGCUGCGCAGGAACGGCUGCGCAGGAACGGCUGCGCAGGAACGGCUGCGCAGGAACGGCUGCGCAGGAACGGCUGCGCAGGAACGGCUGCGCAGAAACGGCUGCGCAGUAAAGGCUGCGCAGAAACGGCUGCGCAGAAACGGCUGCGCAGGAACGGCUGCGCAGGAACGGCUGCGCAGGAACGGCUGCGCAGGAACGGCUGCGCAGAAACGGCUGCGCAGAAGCGGCUGCGCAGGAGCGGCUGCGCAGGAGCGGCUGCGCAGGAGCGGCUGCGCAGGAGCGGCUGCGCAGGAGCGGCUGCGCAGAAACGGCUGCGCAGGAGCGGCUGCGCCGAAGCGGCUGCGCAGGAGCGGCUGCGCAGGAGCGGCUGCGCAGGAGCGGCUGCGCAGAAGCGGCUGCGCAGAAGCGGCUGCGCAGAAGCGGCUGCGCAGAAGCGGCUGCGCAGAAGCGGCUGCGCAGAAGCGGCUGCGCAGAAGCGGCUGCGCAGAAGCGGCUGCGCAGAAGCGGCUGCGCAGAAGCGGCUGCGCAGAAGCGGCUGCGCAGAAGCGGCUGCGCAGAAGCGGCUGCGCAGAAGCGGCUGCGCAGAAGCGGCUGCGCAGAAGCGGCUGCGCAGAAGCGGCUGCGCAGAAGCGGCUGCGCAGAAGCGGCUGCGCAGAAACGGCUGCGAACGGCUGCGCAGGAACGGCUGCGCAGGAACGGCUGCGCAGGAACGGCUGCGCAGGAACGGCUGCGCAGGAACGGCUGCGCAGGAACGGCUGCGCAGGAACGGCUGCGCAGGAACGGCUGCGCAGGAACGGCUGCGCAGGAACGGCUGCGCAGGAACGGCUGCGCAGGAACGGCUGCGCAGGAACGGCUGCGCAGGAACGGCUGCGCAGGAACGGCUGCGCAGUAACGGCUGCGCAGGAACGGCUGCGCAGGAACGGCUGCGCAGGAACGGCUGCGCAGAACGGCUGCGCAGGAACGGCUGCGCAGGAACGGCUGCGCAGGAACGGCUGCGCAGGAACGGCUGCGCAGGAACGGCUGCGCAGGAACGGCUGCGCAGGAACGGCUGCGCAGGAACAGCUGCGCAGGAACUGCUGCGCAGGAACAGCUGCGCAGGAACGGCUGCGCAGGAACGGCUGCGCAGGAACGGCUGCGCAGGAACGGCUGCGCAGGAACGGCUGCGCAGGAACGGCUGCGCAGGAACGGCUGCGCAGAAACGGCUGCGCAGGAACGGCUGCGCAGGAACGGCUGCGCAGGAACGGCUGCGCAGGAACGGCUGCGCAGGAACGGCUGCGCAGGAACGGCUGCGCAGGAACGGCUGCGCAGGAACGGCUGCGCAGGAACGGCUGCGCAGGAACGGCUGCGCAGGAACGGCUGCGCAGGAACGGCUGCGCAGGAACGGCUGCGCAGAAACGGCUGCGCAGAAACGGCUGCGCAGAAACGGCUGCGCAGAAACGGCUGCGCAGAAGCGGGUGCGCAGAAGCGGGUGCGCAGAAGCGGGUGCGCAGAAGCGGGUGCGCAGAAGCGGGUGCGCAGAAGCGGGUGCGCAGAAGCGGGUGCGCAGAAGCGGGUGCGCAGAAGCGGGUGCGCAGAAGCGGGUGCGCAGAAGCGGGUGCGCAGAAGCGGGUGCGCAGAAGCGGAAACGGCUGCGCAGAAACGGCUGCGCAGAAACGGCUGCGCAGAAACAGCUAGGCAGAAACGGCUGCGCAGAAACGGCUGCGCAGGAACGGCUGCGCAGGAACAGCUGCGCAGAAGCAGCUGCGCAGAAGCAGCUGCGCAGAAACGGCAGCGCAGAAACGGCUGCGCAGAAGCGGCUGCGCAGGAGCGGCUGCGCAGGAGCGGCUGCGCAGGAGCGGCUGCGCAGGAGCGGCUGCGCCGAAGCGGCUGCGCCGAAGCGGCUGCGCCGAAGCGGCUGCGCAGAAGCAUCUGCGCAGAAGCGGCUGCGCAGAAGCGGCUGCGCAGAAGCGGCUGCGCAGAAGCGGCUGCGCAGAAGCGGCUGCGCAGAAGCGGCUGCGCAGAAGCGGCUGCGCAGAAGCGGCUGCGCAGAAGCGGCUGCGCAGAAGCGGCUGCGCAGAAGCGGCUGCGCAGAAGCGGCUGCGCAGAAGCGGCUGCGCAGAAACGGCUGCGCAGGAACGGCUGCGCAGAAACGGCUGCGCAUAAACGGCUGCGCAGAAACGGCUGCGCAGAAACGGCUGCGCAUAAACGGCUGCGCAGGAACGGCUGCGCAGGAACGGCUGCGCAGGAACGGCUGCGCAGGAACGGCUGCGCAGGAACGGCUGCGCAGGAACGGCUGCGCAGGAACGGCUGCGCAGGAACGGCUGCGCAGGAACGGCUGCGCAGGAACGGCUGCGCAGGAACGGCUGCGCAGGAACGGCUGCGAACGGCUGCGCAGGAACGGCUGCGCAGAAGCGGCUGCGCAGAAGCGGCUGCGCAGAAGCGGCUGCGCAGAAGCGGCUGCGCAGAAGCGGCUGCGCAGAAGCGGCUGCGCAGAAGCGGCUGCGCAGAAGCGGCUGCGCAGAAGCGGCUGCGCAGAAGCGGCUGCGCAGAAGCGGCUGCGCAGAAGCGGCUGCGCAGAAGCGGCUGCGCAGAAGCGGCUGCGCAGAAGCGGCUGCGCAGAAGCGGCUGCGCAGAAGCGGCUGCGCAGAAGCGGCUGCGCAGAAGCGGCUGCGCAGAAACGGCUGCGCAGAAGCGGCUGCGCAGAAGCGGCUGCGCAGAAGCGGCUGCGCAGAAACGGCUGCGCAGAAACGGCUGCGCAGAAACGGCUGCGCAGAAACGGCUGCGCAGAAACGGCUGCGCAGAAACGGCUGCGCAGAAACGGCUGCGCAGAAACGGCUGCGCAGAAACGGCUGCGCAGAAACGGCUGCGCAGAAACGGCUAGGCAGAAACGGCUGCGCAGAAACGGCUGCGCAGAAACGGCUGCGCAUAAACGGCUGCGCAUAAACGGCUGCGCAGGAACGGCUGCGCAGGAACGGCUGCGCAGGAACGGCUGCGCAGGAACGGCUGCGCAGGAACGGCUGCGCAGGAACAGCUGCGCAGGAACAGCUGCGCAGGAACAGCUGCGCAGAAACAGCUGCGCAGGAACAGCUGCGCAGGAACAGCUGCGCAGGAACAGCUGCGCAGGAACAGCUGCGCAGGAACAGCUGCGCAGGAACAGCUGCGCAGGAACAGCUGCGCAGGAACAGCUGCGCAGGAACAGCUGCGCAGAAACAGCUGCGCAGGAACAGCUGCGCAGGAACAGCUGCGCAGGAACAGCUGCGCAGGAACAGCUGCGCAGGAACAGCUGCGCAGGAACUGCUGCGCAGAAACAGCUGCGCAGGAACAGCUGCGCAGGAACAGCUGCGCAGAAACAGCUGCGCAGGAACAGCUGCGCAGGAACAGCUGCGCAGGAACAGCUGCGCAGGAACGGCUGCGCAGGAACGGCUGCGCAGGAACGGCUGCGCAGGAACGGCUGCGCAGGAACGGCUUCGCAGGAACGGCUUCGCAGGAACGGCUGCGCAGGAACGGCUGCGCAGAAGCGGCUGCGCAGAAGCGGCUGCGCAGAAGCGGCUGCGCAGAAGCGGGUGCGCAGAAGCGGGUGCGCAGAAGCGGGUGCGCAGAAGCGGGUGCGCAGAAGCGGGUGCGCAGAAGCGGGUGCGCAGAAGCGGGUGCGCAGAAGCGGGUGCGCAGAAGCGGGUGCGCAGAAGCGGGUGCGCAGAAGCGGGUGCGCAGAAGCGGGUGCGCAGAAGCGGGUGCGCAGAAGCGGGUGCGCAGAAGCGGGUGCGCAGAAGCGGGUGCGCAGAAGCGGGAACGGCUGCGCAGGAACGGCUGCGCAGGAACGGCUGCGCAGGAACGGCUGCGCAGGAACGGCUGCGCAGAAGCGGCUGCGCAGAAACGGCAGCGCAGAAGCGGCUGCGCAGAAGCGGCUGCGCAGAAACGGCUGCGCAGAAGCGGCUGCGCAGAAGCGGCUGCGCAGAAACGGCUGCGCAGAAGCGGCUGCGCAGAAGCGGCUGCGCAGAAGCGGCUGCGCAGAAGCGGCUGCGCAGAAGCGGCUGCGCAGAAGCGGCUGCGCAGAAGCGGCUGCGCAGAAGCGGCUGCGCAGAAGCGGCUGCGCAGAAGCGGCUGCGCAGAAGCGGCUGCGCAGAAGCGGCUGCGCAGGAACGGCUGCGCAGGAACGGCUGCGCAGGAACGGCUGCGCAGGAACGGCUGCGCAGGAACGGCUUCGCAGGAACGGCUUCGCAGGAACGGCUGCGCAGGAACGGCUGCGCAGGAACGGCUGCGCAGGAACGGCUGCGCAGGAACGGCUGCGCAGGAACGGCUGCGCAGGAACGGCUGCGCAGGAACGGCUGCGCAGGAACGGCUGCGCAGGAACGCCUGCGCAGGAACGCCCUGCGCAGGAACGCCUGCGCAGUAACGGCUGCGCAGGAACGGCUGCGCAGGAACGGCUGCGCAGGAACGGCUGCGCAGGAACGGCUGCGCAGGAACGGCUGCGCAGAAACGCCUGCGCAGUAACGGCUGCGCAGGAACGGCUGCGCAGGAACGGCUGCGCAGGAACGGCUGCGCAGAAACGCCUGCGCAGUAACGGCUGCGCAGGAACGGCUGCGCAGGAACGGCUGCGCAGGAACGGCUGCGCAGGAACGGCUGCGCAGGAACGGCUGCGCAGAAACGACUGCGCAGAAACGGCUGCGCAGAAACGGCUGCGCACAAGCGGCUGCGCAGAAGCGGCUGCGCAGAAGCGGCUGCGCAGAAGCGGCUGCGCAGAAGCGGCUGCGCAGAAGCGGCUGCGCAGAAGCGGCUGCGCAGAAGCGGCUGCGCAGAAGCGGCUGCGCAGAAGCGGCUGCGCAGAAGCGGCUGCGCAGAAGCGGCUGCGCAGAAGCGGCUGCGCAGAAGCGGCUGCGCAGAAGCGGCUGCGCAGAAGCGGCUGCGCAGAAGCGGCUGCGCAGAAGCGGCUGCGCAGAAACGGCUGCAAACAGCUAGGCAGAAACAGCUGCGCAGAAACAGCUGCGCAGGAACAGCUGCGCAGGAACUGCUGCGCAGGAACUGCUGCGCAGGAACGGCUGCGCAGGAACGGCUGCGCAGGAACGGCUGCGCAGGAACGGCUGCGCAGGAACGGCUGCGCAGCAACGGCUGCGCAGCAACGGCUGCGCAGGAACGGCUGCGCAGGAACGGCUGCGCAGGAACGGCUGCGCGGAAACGGCUGCGCGGAAGCGGCUGCGCGGAAGCGGCUGCGCGGAAGCGGCUGCGCGGAAGCGGCUGCGCGGAAGCGGCUGCGCGGAAACGGCUGCGCGGAAGCGGCUGCGCGGAAGCGGCUGCGCGGAAGCGGCUGCGCGGAAGCGGCUGCGCGGAAGCGGCUGCGCGGAAACGGCUGCGCGGAAGCGGCUGCGCAGAAGCGGCUGCGCAGAAGCGGCUGCGCAGAAGCGGCUGCGCAGAAGCGGCUGCGCAGAAGCGGCUGCGCAGAAGCGGCUGCGCAGAAGCGGCUGCGCAGAAACGGCUGCGCAGAAACGGCUGCGCAGAAACGGCUGCGCAGAAACGGCUGCGCAGAAACGGCUGCGCAGAAACGGCUGCGCAUAAACGGCUGCGAACGGCUGCGCAGGAACGGCUGCGCAGGAACGGCUGCGCAGGAACGGCUGCGCAGGAACGGCUGCGCAGGAACUGCUGCGCAGGAACUGCUGCGCAGGAACUGCUGCGCAGGAACGGCUGCGCAGGAACGGCUGCGCAGGAACGGCUGCGCAGGAACGGCUGCGCAGGAACGGCUGCGCAGGAACGGCUGCGCAGAACGGCUGCGCAGGAACGGCUGCGCAGGAACGGCUGCGCAGGAACGGCUGCGCAGGAACGGCUGCGCAGGAACGGCUGCGCAGGAACGGCUGCGCAGGAACGGCUGCGCAGGAACGGCUGCGCAGGAACGGCUGCGCAGGAACGGCUGCGCAGGAACGGCUGCGCAGGAACGGCUGCGCAGGAACGGCUGCGCAGGAACGGCUGCGCAGGAGCGGCUGCGCAGGAGCGGCUGCGCAGAAGCGGCUGCGCAGAAGCGGCUGCGCAGAAGCGGCUGCGCAGAAGCGGCUGCGCAGAAGCGGCUGCGCAGAAGCGGCUGCGCAGAAGCGGCUGCGCAGAAGCGGCUGCGCAGAAGCGGCUGCAAGCGGCUGCGCAGAAGCGGCUGCGCAGAAGCGGCUGCGCAGGAACAGCUGCGCAGAAGCGGCUGCGCAGAAGCGGCUGCGCAGGAACGGCUGCGCAGGAACGGCUGCGCAGGAACGGCUGCGCAGGAACGGCUGCGCAGGAACGGCUGCGCAGGAACGGCUGCGCAGGAACGGCUGCGCAGGAACGGCUGCGCAGGAACGGCUGCGCAGGAACGGCUGCGCAGGAACGGCUGCGCAGGAACGGCUGCGCAGGAACGGCUGCGCAGAAACGGCUGCGCAGGAACGGCUGCGCAGGAACGGCUGCGCAGGAACGGCUGCGCAGGAACGGCUGCGCAGGAACGGCUGCGCAGGAACGGCUGCGCAGGAACGGCUGCGCAGGAACGGCUGCGCAGGAACGGCUGCGCAGAAGCGGCUGCGCAGAAGCGGCUGCGCAGAAGCGGCUGCGCAGAAGCGGCUGCGCAGAAGCGGCUGCGCAGAAGCGGCUGCGCAGAAGCGGCUGCGCAGAAGCGGCUGCGCAGAAGCGGCUGCGCAGAAGCGGCUGCGCAGAAGCGGCUGCGCAGAAGCGGCUGCGCAGAAGCGGCUGCGCAGAAGCGGCUGCGCAGAAGCGGCUGCGCAGAAGCGGCUGCGCAGAAGCGGCUGCGCAGAAGCGGCUGCGCAGAAGCGGCUGCGCAGAAGCGGCUGCGCAGAAGCGGCUGCGCAGAAGCGGCUGCGCAGAAGCGGCUGCGCAGAAGCGGCUGCGCAGGAACGGCUGCGGAGAAGCGGCUGCGCAGGAACAGCUGCGCAGGAACAGCUGCGCAGGAACAGCUGCGCAGGAACAGCUGCGCAGGAACAGCUGCGCAGAAACGGCUGCGCAGAAACGGCUGCGCAGGAACGGCUGCGCAGGAACGGCUGCGCAGGAACGGCUGCGCAGGAACGGCUGCGCAGGAACGGCUGCGCAGGAACGGCUGCGCAGGAACGGCUGCGCAGGAACGGCUGCGCAGGAACGGCUUCGCAGGAACGGCUUCGCAGGAACGGCUGCGCAGGAACGGCUGCGCAGGAACGGCUGCGCAGGAACGGCUGCGCAGGAACGGCUGCGCAGGAACGGCUGCGCAGGAACGGCUGCGCAGGAACGGCUGCGCAGGAACGGCUGCGCAGGAACGGCUGCGCAGGAACGGCUGCGCAGAAGCGGCUGCGCAGAAGCGGCUGCGCAGAAGCGGCUGCGCAGAAGCGGCUGCGCAGAAGCGGCUGCGCAGAAGCGGCUGCGCAGAAGCGGCUGCGCAGAAGCGGCUGCGCACAAAGCGGCUGCGCACAAAGCGGCUGCGCACAAAGCGGCUGCGCACAAAGCGGCUGCGCAGAAGCGGCUGCGCAGAAGCGGCUGCGCAGAAGCGGCUGCGCAGAAGCGGCUGCGCAGAAGCGGCUGCGCAGAAGCGGCUGCGCAGAAGCGGCUGCGCAGAAGCGGCUGCGCAGAAGCGGCUGCGCAUAAACGGCUGCGCAGAAACGGCUGCGCAUAAACGGCUGCGCAUAAACGGCUGCGCAGGAACAGCUGCGCAGGAACGGCUGCGCAGGAACGGCUGCGCAGGAACGGCUGCGCAGGAACGGCUGCGCAGGUACGGCUGCGCAGGAACGGCUGCGCAGGAACGGCUGCGCAGGAACGGCUGCGCAGGAACGGCUGCGCAGAAACGGCUGCGCAGGAACGGCUGCGCAGGAACGGCUGCGCAGGAACGGCUGCGCAGGAACGGCUGCGCAGGAACGGCUGAGCAGGAACGGCUGCGCAGGAACGGCUGCGCAGGAACGGCUGCGCAGGAACGGCUGCGCAGGAACGGCUGCGAAGGAACGGCUGCGCAGAAACGGCUGCGCAGUAACGGCUGCGCAGGAACGGCUGCGCGGAAACGGCUGCGCGGGAACGGCUGCGCGGGAACGGCUGCGCGGGAACGGCUGCGCGGAAACGGCUGCGCGGAAACGGCUGCGCGGGAACGGCUGCGCAGAAGCGGCUGCGCAGAAGCGGCUGCGCAGAAGCGGCUGCGCAGAAGCGGCUGCGCAGAAGCGGCUGCGCAGAAGCGGCUGCGCAGAAGCGGCUGCGCAGAAGCGGCUGCGCAGAAGCGGCUGCGCAGAAGCGGCUGCGCAGAAGCGGCUGCGCAGAAGCGGCUGCGCAGAAGCGGCUGCGCAGAAGCGGCUGCGCAGAAGCGGCUGCGCAGAAGCGGCUGCGCAGAAGCGGCUGCGCAGAAGCGGCUGCGCAGAAGCGGCUGCGCAGAAGCGGCUGCGCAGAAGCGGCUGCGCAGAAGCGGCUGCGCAGAAGCGGCUGCGCAGAAGCGGCUGCGCAGAAGCGGCUGCGCAGGAACGUCUGCGCAGGAACGUCUGCGCAGGAACGUCUGCGCAGGAACGUCUGCGCAGGAACGUCUGCGCAGGAACGGCUGCGCAGGAACGGCUGCGCAGGAACGGCUGCGCAGGAACGGCUGCGCAGGAACGGCUGCGCAGGAACGGCUGCGCAGGAACGGCUGCGCAGGAACGGCUGCGCAAAACGGCUGCGCAGGAACGGCUGCGCAGGAACGGCUGCGCAGGAACGGCUGCGCAGAAGCGGCUGCGCAGAAGCGGCUGCGCAGAAGCGGCUGCGCAGAAGCGGCUGCGCAGAAGCGGCUGCGCCGAAGCGGCUGCGCCGAAGCGGCUGCGCAGAAGCGGCUGCGCAGAAGCGGCUGCGCAGAAGCGGCUGCGCAGAAGCGGCUGCGCAGAAGCGGCUGCGCAGAAGCGGCUGCGCAGAAGCGGCUGCGCAGAAGCGGCUGCGCAGAAGCGGCUGCGCAGAAGCGGCUGCGCAGAAGCGGCUGCGCAGAAGCGGCUGCGCAGAAGCGGCUGCGCAGAAGCGGCUGCGCAGAAGCGGCUGCGCAGAAGCGGCUGCGCAGAAGCGGCUGCGCAGAAGCGGCUGCGCAGAAGCGGCUGCGCAGAAGCGGCUGCGCAGAAGCGGCUGCGCAGAAGCGGCUGCGCAGAAGCGGCUGCGCAGAAGCGGCUGCGCAGAAGCGGCUGCGCAGCGGCUGCGCAGGAGCGGCUGCGCAGGAGCGGCUGCGCAGAAACGGCUGCGCAGAAACGGCUGCGCAGAAACGGCUAGGCAGAAACGGCUGCGCAGAAACGGCUGCGCAGAAACGGCUGCGCAUAAACGGCUGCGAACGGCUGCGCAGGAACGGCUGCGCAGGAACGGCUGCGCAGGAACGGCUGCGCAGGAACGGCUGCGCAGGAACGGCUGCGCAGGAACGGCUGCGCACGAACGGCUGCGCAGGAACGGCUGCGCAGGAACGGCUGCGCAGGAACGGCUGCGCAGGAACGGCUGCGCAGGAACGGCUGCGCAGGAACGGCUGCGCAGGAACGGCUGCGCAGGAACGGCUGCGCAGGAACGGCUGCGCAGGAACGGCUGCGCAGGAACGGCUGCGCAGUAACGGCUGCGCAGUAACGGCUGCGCAGGAACGGCUGCGCAGGAACGGCUGCGCAGGAACGGCUGCGCAGGAACGGCUGCGCAGGAACGGCUGCGCAGAAGCGGCUGCGCAGAAGCGGCUGCGCAGAAGCGGCUGCGCAGAAGCGGCUGCGCAGAAGCGGCUGCGCAGAAGCGGCUGCGCAGAAGCGGCUGCGCAGAAGCGGCUGCGCCGAAGCGGCUGCGCCGAAGCGGCUGCGCAGAAGCGGCUGCGCAGAAGCGGCUGCGCAGAAGCGGCUGCGCAGAAGCGGCUGCGCAGAAGCGGCUGCGCAGAAGCGGCUGCGCAGAAGCGGCUGCGCAGAAGCGGCUGCGCAGAAGCGGCUGCGCAGAAGCGGCUGCGCAGAAGCGGCUGCGCAGAAGCGGCUGCGCAGAAGCGGCUGCGCAGAAGCGGCUGCGCAGAAGCGGCUGCGCAGAAGCGGCUGCGCAGAAGCGGCUGCGCAGAAGCGGCUGCGCAGAAGCGGAUGCGCAGAAGCGGCUGCGCAGAAGCGGCUGCGCAGAAGCGGCUGCGCAGAAGCGGCUGCGCAGAAGCGGCUGCGCAGAAGCGGCUGCGCAGAAGCGGCUGCGCAGAAGCGGCUGCGCAGAAGCGGCUGCGCAGAAGCGGCUGCGCAGAAACGGCUGCGCAGAAACGGCUAGGAACAGCUGCGCAGGAACAGCUGCGCAGGAACAGCUGCGCAGGAACAGCUGCGCAGGAACAGCUGCGCAGGAACAGCUGCGCACGAACAGCUGCGCAGGAACAGCUGCGCAGGAACAGCUGCGCAGGAACAGCUGCGCAGGAACAGCUGCGCAGGAACAGCUGCGCAGGAACAGCUGCGCAGGAACAGCUGCGCACGAACGGCUGCAAGCGGCUGCGCAGAAGCGGCUGCGCAGAAGCGGCUGCGCAGAAGCGGCUGCGCAGGAACAGCUGCGCAGAAGCGGGCUGCGCAGAAGCGGCUGCGCAGGAACGGCUGCGCAGGAACGGCUGCGCAGGAACGGCUGCGCAGGAACGGCUGCGCAGGAACGGCUGCGCAGGAACGGCUGCGCAGGAACGGCUGCGCAGGAACGGCUGCGCAGGAACGGCUGCGCAGGAACGGCUGCGCAGGAACGGCUGCGCAGGAACGGCUGCGCAGGAACGGCUGCGCAGGAACGGCUGCGCACGAACGGCUGCGCAGGAACGGCUGCGCAGGAACGGCUGCGCAGGAACGGCUGCGCAGGAACGGCUGCGCAGGAACGGCUGCGCAGGAACGGCUGCGCAGGAACUGCUGCGCAGGAACGGCUGCGCAGGAACGGCUGCGCAGGAACGGCUGCGCAGGAACGGCUGCGCAGAAGCGGCUGCGCAGAAGCGGCUGCGCAGAAUCGGCUGCGCAGAAGCGGCUGCGCAGAAGCGGCUGCGCAGAAGCGGCUGCGCAGAAGCGGCUGCGCAGAAGCGGCUGCGCAGAAGCGGCUGCGCAGAAGCGGCUGCGCAGAAGCGGCUGCGCAGAAGCGGCUGCGCAGAAGCGGCUGCGCAGAAGCGGCUGCGCAGAAGCGGCUGCGCAGAAGCGGCUGCGCAGAAGCGGCUGCGCAGAAGCGGCUGCGCAGAAGCGGCUGCGCAGAAGCGGCUGCGCAGAAGCGGCUGCGCAGAAGCGGCUGCGCAGAAGCGGCUGCGCAGAAGCGGCUGCGCAGAAGCGGCUGCGCAGAAGCGGCUGCGCAGAAGCGGCUGCGCAGAAGCGGCUGCGCAGAAGCGGCUGCGCAUAAACGGCUGCGCAGGAACGGCUGCGCAGGAACGGCUGCGCAGGAACGGCUGCGCAGGAACGGCUGCGCAGGAACGGCUGCGCAGGAACGGCUGCGCGGGAACGGCUGCGCGGGAACGGCUGCGCGGGAACGGCUGCGCGGGAACGGCUGCGCGGGAACGGCUGCGCGGGAACGGCUGCGCGGGAACGGCUGCGCAGGAACGGGCAGGAACGGCUGCGCAGGAACGGCUGCGCAGGAACGGCUGCGCAGGAACGGCUGCGCAGGAACGGCUGCGCAGGAACGGCUGCGCAGGAACGGCUGCGCAGGAACGGCUGCGCAGGAACGGCUGCGCAGGAACGGCUGCGCAGGAACGGCUGCGCAGAAGCGGGUGCGCAGAAGCGGGUGCGCAGAAGCGGGUGCGCAGAAGCGGGUGCGCAGAAUCGGGUGCGCAGAAUCGGGUGCGCAGAAGCGGGUGCGCAGAAGCGGGUGCGCAGAAGCGGGUGCGCAGAAGCGGCUGCGCAGAAGCGGGUGCGCAGAAGCGGGUGCGCAGAAGCGGGUGCGCAGAAGCGGGUGCGCAGAAGCGGGUGCGCAGAAGCGGGUGCGCAGAAGCGGGUGCGCAGAAGCGGGUGCGCAGAAGCGGGUGCGCAGAAGCGGGUGCGCAGAAGCGGAAACGGCUGCGCCGAAACGGCUGCGCCGAAACGGCUGCGCCGAAACGGCUGCGCAGAAACGGCUGCGCAGAAACAGCUAGGCAGAAACAGCUAGGCAGAAACAGCUGCGCAGGAACGGCUGCGCAGGAACGGCUGCGCAGAAACGGCUGCGCAGAAGCGGCUGCGCAGAAGCGGCUGCGCAGAAACGGCUGCGCAGAAGCGGCUGCGCAGAAGCGGCUGCGCAGAAGCGGCUGCGCAGAAGCGGCUGCGCAGAAGCGGCUGCGCAGAAGCGGCUGCGCAGAAGCGGCUGCGCAGAAGCGGCUGCGCAGGAACGGCUGCGCAGGAACGGCUGCGCAGGAACGGCUUCGCAGAAACGGCUGCGCAGAAGCGGCUGCGCAGAAACGGCUGCGCAGAAACGGCUGCGCAGAAGCGGCUGCGCAGAAGCGGCUGCGCAGAAACGGCUGCGCAGAAGCGGCUGCGCAGAGGCGGCUGCGCAGAAGCGGCUGCGCGGAAGCGGCUGCGCGGAAGCGGCUGCGCGGAAGCGGCUGCGCGGAAGCGGCUGCGCGGAAGCGGCUGCGCGGAAACGGCUGCGCGGAAACGGCUGCGCGGAAACGUCUGCGCGGAAACGGCUGCGCGGAAACGGCUGCGCAUAAACGGCUGCGCAUAAACGGCUGCGCAGGAACGGCUGCGCAGGAACGGCUGCGCAGGAACGGCUGCGCAGGAACGGCUGCGCAGGAACGGCUGCGCAGGAACGGCUGCGCAGGAACGGCUGCGCAGGAACGGCUGCGCAGGAACGGCUGCGCAGGAACGGCUGCGCAGGAACGGCUGCGCAGGAACGGCUGCGCAGGAACGGCUGCGCAGGAACGGCUGCGCAGGAACGGCUGCGCAGGAACGGCUGCGCAGGAACGGCUGCGCAGGAACGGCUGCGCAGGAACGGCUGCGCAGGAACGGCUGCGCAGGAACGGCUGCGCAGGAACGGCUGCGCAGGAACGGCUGCGCAGGAACGGCUGCGCAGGAACGGCUGCGCAGGAACGGCUGCGCAGGAACGGCUGCGCAGGAACGGCUGCGCAGGAACGGCUGCGCAGGAACGGCUGCGCAGGAACGGCUGCGCAGAAACGGCUGCGCAGAAACGGCUGCGCAGGAACGGCUGCGCAGGAACGGCUGCGCAGGAACGGCUGCGCAGGAACGGCUGCGCAGAAACGGCUGCGCAGGAGCGGCUGCGCAGGAGCGGCUGCGCAGGAGCGGCUGCGCAGGAGCGGCUGCGCAGGAGCGGCUGCGCAGGAGCGGCUGCGCAGAAACGGCUGCGCAGGAGCGGCUGCGCCGAAGCGGCUGCGCAGGAGCGGCUGCGCAGGAGCGGCUGCGCAGGAGCGGCUGCGCAGAAGCGGCUGCGCAGAAGCGGCUGCGCAGAAGCGGCUGCGCAGAAGCGGCUGCGCAGAAGCGGCUGCGCAGAAGCGGCUGCGCAGAAGCGGCUGCGCAGAAGCGGCUGCGCAGAAGCGGCUGCGCAGAAGCGGCUGCGCAGAAGCGGCUGCGCAGAAGCGGCUGCGCAGAAGCGGCUGCGCAGAUGCGGCUGCGCAGAAGCGGCUGCGCAGAAGCGGCUGCGCAGAAGCGGCUGCGCAGAAGCGGCUGCGCAGAAGCGGCUGCGCAGAAGCGGCUGCGCAGAAGCGGCUGCGCAGAAGCGGCUGCGCAGAAGCGGCUGCGCAGAAGCGGCUGCGCAGAAGCGGCUGCGCAGAAGCGGCUGCGCAGAAACGGCUGCGCAGAAACGGCUGCGCAGAAACGGCUGCGCAUAAACGGCUGCGCAUAAACGGCUGCGCAGAACGGCUGCGCAGGAACAGCUGCGCAGGAACAGCUGCGCAGAAACAGCUGCGCAGAAGCGGCUGCGCAGAAACGGCAGCGCAGAAACGGCUGCGCAGAAGCGGCUGCGCAGAAGCGGCUGCGCAGAAACGGCUGCGCAGAAGCGGCUGCGCAGAAGCGGCUGCGCAGAAGCGGCUGCGCAGAAGCGGCUGCGCAGAAGCGGCUGCGCAGAAGCGGCUGCGCAGGAACGGCUGCGCAGGAACGGCUGCGCAGGAACGGCUGCGCAGGAACGGCUUCGCAGAAACGGCUGCGCAGAAGCGGCUGCGCAGAAACGGCUGCGCAGAAACGGCUGCGCAGAAGCGGCUGCGCAGAAGCGGCUGCGCAGAAGCGGCUGCGCAGAGGCGGCUGCGCAGAGGCGGCUGCGCGGAAGCGGCUGCGCGGAAGCGGCUGCGCGGAAGCGGCUGCGCGGAAGCGGCUGCGCGGAAGCGGCUGCGCGGAAGCGGCUGCGCGGAAGCGGCUGCGCGGAAACGGCUGCGCGGAAACGGCUGCGCGGAAACGGCUGCGCGGAAACGGCUGCGCAGGAACGGCUGCGCAGGAACGGCUGCGCAGGAACGGCUGCGCAGGAACGGCUGCGCAGGAACGGCUGCGCAGGAACGGCUGCGCAGGAACGGCUGCGCAGGAACGGCUGCGCAGGAACGGCUGCGCAGGAACGGCUGCGCAGGAACGGCUGCGCAGGAACGGCUGCGCAGGAACGGCUGCGCAGGAACGGCUGCGCAGGAACGGCUGCGCAGGAACGGCUGCGCAGGAACGGCUGCGCAGGAACGGCUGCGCAGGAACGGCUGCGCAGGAACGGCUGCGCAGGAACGGCUGCGCAGAAGCGGCUGCGCAGAAGCGGCUGCGCAGAAGCGGCUGCGCAGAAGCGGCUGCGCAGAAGCGGCUGCGCAGAAGCGGCUGCGCAGAAGCGGCUGCGCAGAAGCGGCUGCGCAGAAGCGGCUGCGCAGAAGCGGCUGCGCAGAAGCGGCUGCGCAGAAGCGGCUGCGCAGAAGCGGCUGCGCAGAAGCGGCUGCGCAGAAGCGGCUGCGCAGAAGCGGCUGCGCAGAAGCGGCUGCGCAGAAGCGGCUGCGCAGAGGCGGCUGCGCAGAAGCGGCUGCGCAGAAGCGGCUGCGCAGAAGCGGCUGCGCAGAAGCGGCUGCGCAGAAGCGACUGCGCAGAAGCGGCUGCGCAGAAGCGGCUGCGCAGAAGCGGCUGCGCAGAAACGGCUGCGCAGAAACGGCUGCGCAUAAACGGCUGCGCAUAAACGGCUGCGCAGAAACGGCUGCGCAGAAACGGCUGCGCAGAAACGGCUGCGCAGAAACGGCUGCGCAUGAACGGCUGCGCAGGAACGGCUGCGCAGGAACAGAUGCGCAGGAACAGAUGCGCAGGAACGGCUGCGCAGGAACGGCUGCGCAGGAACGGCUGCGCAGGAACGGCUGCGCAGAAACGGCUGCGCAGAAACGGCUGCGCAGGAACGGCUGCGCAGGAACGGCUGCGCAGGAACGGCUGCGCAGGAACGGCUGCGCAGGAACGGCUGCGCAGGAACGGCUGCGCAGGAACGGCUGCGCAGGAACGGCUGCGCAGGAACGGCUGCGCAGGAACGGCUGCGCAGUAACGGCUGCGCAGGAACGGCUGCGCAGGAACGGCUGCGCAGGAACGGCUGCGCAGGAACGGCUGCGCAGGAACGGCUGCGCAGAAACGGCUGCGCAGAAACGGCUGCGCAGAAACGGCUGCGCAGAAACGGCUGCGCAGAAGCGGCUGCGCAGAAGCGGCUGCGCAGAAGCGGCUGCGCAGAAGCGGCUGCGCAGAAGCGGCUGCGCAGAAGCGGCUGCGCAGAAGCGGCUGCGCAGAAGCGGCUGCGCAGAAGCGGCUGCGCAGAAGCGGCUGCGCAGAAACGGCUGCGCAGAAACGGCUGCGCAUAAACGGCUGCGCAGAAACGGCUGCGCAGAAACGGCUGCGCAGAAACGGCUGCGCAUGAACGGCUGCGCAGGAACGGCUGCGCAGGAACGGCUGCGCAGGAACGGCUGCGCAGGAACGGCUGCGCAGGAACGGCUGCGCAGGAACGGCUGCGCAGGAACGGCUGCGCAGGAACGGCUGCGCAGAAACGGCUGCGCAGGAACGGCUGCGCAGGAACGGCUGCGCAGGAACGGCUGCGCAGGAACGGCUGCGCAGGAACGGCUGCGCAGGAACGGCUGCGCAGAACGGCUGCGCAGGAACGGCUGCGCAGGAACGGCUGCGCAGGAACGGCUGCGCAGAAACUGCUGCGCAGAAACGGCUGCGCAGAAACGGCUGCGCAGAAACGGCUGCGCAGAAACGGCUGCGCAGAAACGGCUGCGCAGAAGCGGCUGCGCAGAAGCGGCUGCGCAGAAGCGGCUGCGCAGAAGCGGCUGCGCAGAAGCGGCUGCGCAGAAGCGGCUGCGCAGAAGCGGCUGCGCAGAAGCGGCUGCGCAGAAGCGGCUGCGCAGAAGCGGCUGCGCAGAAGCGGCUGCGCAGAAGCGGCUGCGCAGAAGCGGCUGCGCAGAAGCGGCUGCGCAGAAGCGGCUGCGCUGA